AUGGUAAUAUUGUCUAAAAAUCCAUUUCACCAUACUUCUAAUAAUAAUAAUCAUACUAAUACUAAUACUAAUACUAAUAUUCAUGAUCUACACUUAAAUGAUAAUUCUUCCAUUAAUGUCGUACCAUCAAAUAAUUCUAUAAAUAAUAAUAAUAAUAACAAUAACAAUAAUAAUGCCCCACCUUUGCUGAAAAGAAGCUCUAAAUCUUUUCUAAGUUUUCUAAGUAGAAAACCAAGUAUGGAAUCAAUUAGAAGUGACAAAUCAAACGACUCCUCUUUUUAUAUAAAUUCUAAUUCUAAUCAUCCUCACAACAAUAACAACAACAGUACUCAUAGUCAUGGUCAUAGCCAUACCCACAAUCAUAACCGUGAUAACAACACUAAUAUACCUACAUCUCCAAGAUUAAACCAUCAUUCACAUAAUUAUGCUCAUCAUACAUAUCACUCUAACAAUGGUUCAAACUCCGAUUUAAAUGACCAUCUUGAUAAGAAUAAUACUAACCCUAUUACUCCAAAACCUUCUCAUUCUAUGUCUGAAUUGAAAAGAUUUUUCAGAUCUUCCAAAAAAUCUGUUGUUAAUUUACAUCAUUUAGCUACUACACAUACAUCUAUCUCUUCUCCAUCCCAUAACAACCACCUUUCUUCUUCUUCUCAUCAAAAUAAAAACAAAAAUAAUCAUUUGCAUGGUUUACACUCUUCUAUUAACCACCAUCCUUAUUCAACUACUACUUUAAAUCUAAAUUCCCAUCUCGUAAAUCCAAAUGAUCAUAAAUCUCAUACAAAUUCUGCUAUUCCGCCAAGUUCUGAUUCUGUUUUGUCUCUGUCCAACACAAUAAAUAUUUACCAUGAUGAUACAAUCCUAGCACAAAAAUAUGGUAAAUUAGGUAAAACGUUAGGUAGCGGUGCAGGUGGUUCAGUUAAAGUCCUUGUGCGUCCGACGGAUGGUGCCACUUUUGCAGUUAAAGAGUUCAGACCACGUAAACAAAACGAGUCAAUUAAACAAUAUGCAAAGAAAUGUACUGCGGAGUUUUGUAUUGGUUCAUCUUUACAUCACCCAAAUAUUGUCCAAACUAUUGAUAUCUUCUCCGAUUUCCAUCAAAAUAAAUAUUUCCAAGUGAUGGAGUAUUUGCCUGUCGAUUUCUUCUCUGUUGUCAUGACCGGAUUGAUGUCUCGUGGUGAAAUCAAUUGUUGUUUUAAGCAGAUUGCUAGUGGUGUUAAAUAUUUACAUUCCAUGGGUUUAGCCCAUCGUGAUUUGAAAUUGGAUAAUUGUGUAAUGAACACCAGCGGGAUCUUGAAAUUGAUUGAUUUUGGUAGCGCUAUGGUAUUUAGAUACCCAUUCGAAGACCAUAUUACUAUGGCUCAUGGAAUUGUAGGUAGUGACCCAUAUUUGGCACCUGAAGUUCUAACAUCCACAAAGUCAUAUGAUCCGCAAUUUGUAGACGUUUGGUCAAUGGGGAUAAUAUUUUGUUGUAUGAUGUUGAAAAGAUUCCCAUGGAAGGCACCAAAGAUGACUGAUGAAAAUUUUAAAUUGUAUUCAAUGCCUGACGAUUUUCCACAUGACUAUGUCCAAUCUGCUAAGCAUCACGAACAAUUAUUAAAAGAAAGACGUGAGAGACGUGAACAAGAAAAACUCAGCUUAACUGAACAAGCAAACCCAAGUGAUAAAGUUAAACAAUUACCUACCCCAACUGAUGAAAAUGAUAAAAAAAUUGAAAAUGAUAACACUAACGAUAACGAUAAUGAUAAUGAUAAUAAUAAUGAUAAAAACAAUAAUAACGACAAUGAAAAUGACACUACUAAUGACAAUAGCAAUAAUUACCAGAAAACUACUGAGGCUGCAACUGAUGCUCCUGCAGCAGCAUCACCUAAAGAUAAUAAAGAUAUCGUAUCCAUACCGAAAGAUACAGAGAAACAAGAAAAUAAUACUAAUAAUACUCAUCAAAAUACAAAACCUGUACCAUCCAUUCAGUUAGAGAAGGCUAAUACGACCGCAUCUAUUGAAAAUAAUAAACCUCCACAUCAUCAAAGAAAAAUCAUUCAUGGUCCAUAUAGAUUGUUGCGUUUAUUACCACAUGCUUCAAGACCAAUUUUAUCCAGAAUUCUUGAAGUUGAUGUAUCUAAGAGGGCUACUUUGGAUGAUAUCUUCAACGAUGAAUGGUUUUCAAACAUACCCUCAUGUACUAUUGACGAAAAGAAUAACAUUGUUAGAGCUCCAGGUCAUCAUCAUACAAUUGUUAAAGAUGGAAAGACUUAUAAAAUAUAA